AUGGGAGAGCUCAAAUUGCCAUCCACGCAGCCAGGCCACACCUUGACUCCUCUUUGCACCCAUCCAUACCAACACAGCUCACCUUUUGCCACCCGACGAUAGCUUCGUCCUUCAAUCCUUCCAUUCCAACCAGCAUCAGCUCACCACAAUGGCAUCCAUCCAGCACUCUGUAGGCUCCCUCGUCUCCUCCUUCGAGCACCUCGUCUCCGGACUACUAGAAUCCGUACUGGCCAUCCUCCGCCACUUCUUCAACAUCAUCGCCGGUGUGCUCAAGGGUACAUUGAACAUCAGUGAAGACGUACUGGAGAGCGCCUGGAAGGUGGUGGAGUCGUCCGUAAGACUCGUCUUUGCCAACUUCCUGCCCAUCGUACUCCUCGUCCUGGGAGGCUUCGUUGGAAUCAUCGUCGCCAACCGCCAGACCAGCGCUGGACAAAAGACGGUCUCCUCUGCCAAGAAGGGUGGCAAGAAGAGGGCGUAGAGGUGUGACUGGUUCCUUCACCUUUGGCUACGGAGAAUCGACAGUGGAGCUUUCCUUUUCAGGGGUUCUUCUGAAUAGGCUAGGGACAGGAAUGGGGUUGCAAGCCUUUCUCGAAUGGAAUAUACCUGUAGGCGGACGUAGGCUUGGACGUUGAAUAUACUAUGCAUUCCAGACUUGUCAGACCAACGGAAGGCCCUGCGUGAGGUCUCUUCAAGUGUUUGCAGCAAUUCUUCCUUGGCUUGUCACAGCACUAGCAAUUGGCUCGAGUGGCUUCUGUUACAAUAUCUCCUCAGACCCCUCUCCACUUUCAAAGACAGGCGGCAGCUCCCAGAAGUCCUCCGACCGGAUGUCUGGCCGCACAGUUGCCUUUUCUUCCUCCCUCGCAGAUCCAUUGCGUUGAGGCCGCCGCUUCUUCUUCUUUCUCGCGACUUGAACAG